AUGGCAGUAACAAUGUCUGACGGUCCGAUCCGGAAGGCCUGCGACCGUUGCCACAGGCAGAAGCUCAGCUGUAAACGCGUCGCCGACGAGGCAUGCGAGCGGUGUAUUCGGCUCAAGGAGGAGUGCACCUCGAGCCCGUCCCUGCGUUAUCGGAAGCAACACCUACAGCAACAGCACCAGCAUCAGCACCAGCAUCAACAUCAGCACCAGUACCACGGCUCGAAUACGUCCCGAGACCAUGUACGGAGACAAGCUGUUCCGUCACCCAAGCGGCAACGGACCGACGGCGGGAGCCCUUUCGCACACCACGCCGACCUAUCUAUUGUCAAGACCCAGUCUGUUGGGUCCAUCUGUGAUAACGCAGCAUUCGAAGACAAUGCUGUCGUUUCACCUGAUGCCAUGUUGGACAUGGUCGACUUCGACUUUGGCUUCGGCCACUCUGCAAGCCUCUAUCAACCGGGGCCAAGCCAGGGACAUCACCAGCAGCAGCACCAGCACCAACUUCAGCAGCAGCAGCCAGUGCCCCAGACCUUCACCGGCAACAUGGAUGGCUUGAUGACGGACCACGGAGAGGCCAUUGUCCACUCGUGGAGUCCUGUCCACUCCGUUACCUCGGAUUCAGCAUUCACAUCCCCCAUGGCCCCGGAAAUGGGCCAGGUCGGCUCUGGAAUCUACCCCAGAAGCCCUUCGUUACGCAGGCAGAUACCCAAACCGAGCAAGCCACACGGCUCGACGACCCCACAACGCAAGUCCAAGAAACGGAUCACGAGGCAUAGAGCACGGCAGAUCACGCUGCGGCCGUACGCUGGCGGGCAGGGCUCGUCUCCGGAAGGGUGGAUGACUCGCAUCACCGAAGUCAACUCGCGGCUCUUGCAGCUCUCGUCGGAUCUGCCCUUCCAGGCGGGGUCUCAGUCCCAGUCUCAGUCGCCCGAGGAGCCCGGUCGAUCCAGCAGCAGCAUGGUGUCGACACCCGAAGAAGACGAAGACGGAGGCGGCUCCUCGUUGUGCACUACGACGAUGACGACGACGCCUUUCCCCAUCGACGAGAUGUUCCAGCUCUCGCGUCACUUUGCCGACCUCCUUGCGGAGUUGUCCCCGCCGGUGACGGAGGCGGUGGGCUCUCCCGCAAGCGAUGACGGGGCCUCGCAGCAGCUCGCUAGACGACUCAACUCCAUGUCGGAUCCGGCGACCUGUCUCUUGGUGCUGUCGACGUACGUCCGGCUCCUGGACAUGUACCAGAAGGUCUUCCGCUGCAUUCACUCGGAGCUAGGCCAGCUGGGGCAACUGAGCACGGCGGUGACGAUGACGACGACGACGACAACGACAAGGAACCCUCUGUUUCAGUCAUGGAAGCUUCCCGGCGUUACAGUGGGUUCCUUCACAGUGGACUCGACGCCGUCGCUGCAGAUGUCUCUGACGAUCCAGCUGGCCGAGGAGUUUCUGUUACAGAUGCGGCGGGCGGCGGCGUCUCUCGAUCCAGCUCUGCGAGCGGACGGGAGCGGCGGCCCGCCGGCCUCCUCGGGCAAGGCGGCGGUGUUGGACGCGGCGGCCUCGAUGUUCUCGGGGGUGGUGGAUGUCUCAUUCCAAGCCCUGAAGAGGCAAGAAGAGAGCCUGGGCAGGGAGCUAAGGGAUCUACGCAAGGCGAUGGAUGUCUUCCUCGACGGAUGA